GAAAAGCAGCAAAAUAAUUAAACUAAUGAAGGAAUAUCACCAAUCCAAUCGCAACACUCAGGUGAAGAAACACUGAAGUGAACAUUAAAAUCAUCGAAUAUUAAAAAUGCGAAAAAGUGUGUUAAAUAAAUUAAAUUUCCUGCUUAAUUCACGCAGUCUAUUGUGCUCAAAUGCUUUUUAUAGCAGGCAACUAUCUACAAAGAUCAAUAGGGAUCACAAGAUUCCUGAUGACAAUUUAACAUUAAAGGACUUUUUGGUUGUUGGAAAAAACUUGCCAAAACAAAAUAUCAAAUAUGAAGGAACAGACGAAAAUGAAGACAUUCUACCUCCUUACUUACAAAAUAUCGACAUUGAUGGACAAGGCAGAAAGGUUUAUUUUGAUGUUUAUGGUUGUCAGAUGAAUGUUAAUGAUAUUGAAAUUGUUUGGUCAAUUUUAAAAAGCCACAAUUAUAAAAAGACCCAAGAAUUAAUGGAAGCAGAUGUCAUAUUAAUUAUGACCUGUUCAAUUCGUGAUUCAGCUGAGACAAAAAUUUGGAAUAGAUUAACUCAUCUCACAGGAAUGAAAAGGAAACGACCGAAAAAUCAGCCAUUGAAUAUUGGCAUUUUGGGAUGUAUGGCUGAAAGAUUAAAGGAAACAUUAAUCGAGAAAGAACGUCAAAUUGACUUAAUCGCCGGUCCUGAUGCAUAUAAGGAUCUUCCACGACUAUUAUCAUUAUCCAAAAAUGGAUAUAGCACAAUCAAUGUCUUAUUGUCACUUGAUGAAACUUAUGCUGAUGUUAUGCCUGUAAAGUUUGAUAAAAAUGCUGUAUCAGCAUUUGUAUCCAUUAUGAGAGGAUGUGACAAUAUGUGCAGCUAUUGUAUUGUUCCAUUUACUCGUGGCAAAGAAAGAUCACGUCCAAUAGAUUCAAUAGUGAAGGAGAUUCGUACGUUGCAUGAAGAACAAGGAAUUAAGGAAGUUACACUGUUGGGCCAGAAUGUUAACAGUUAUAGAGAUACUUCAAAAGGAAUCAAGGAUUGCCCAACAGAACUAGUAACAGGAUUUAAGACAGUAUAUAAAACAAAAGUCGGUGGUUUGAGAUUUGGAGAAUUAAUUGAACACGUUGCAAAUAUAUCUCCGGAAUUAAGGAUCAGAUUUACAUCACCUCAUCCUAAAGACUUUCCAAAAAGUCUACUAGAAGUCAUUAACAACUAUCCUAAUAUCUGUAAAUCUCUUCAUAUUCCAGCACAAUCUGGAAGUUCUAGUGUUUUAGAAAGAAUGAGAAGAGGAUACACAAGAGAAGCAUAUUUAGAGCUAAUAAGAGAUGUCAGGAAGAUCAUCCCGAAUGUAUCACUAUCGUCCGAUUUCAUAAGUGGAUUUUGUGGUGAAACUGAGGACGAUUUUCAGCAGACUUUAUCACUCAUCAACCAAGUUAAAUAUAACGUGGCAUUUCUAUUUCCUUAUAGCAUGCGAGCAAAGACAACAGCAUAUAGAAAAUUUACUGACGAUGUUCCUAAUGAUAUCAAACUCGAAAGACUUCAUCGAAUGGUAGAAACAUUUCGUGAAAAUGCUCAAGUCUUAAAUGAAAAGUUUAUUGGAACCAAGCAAUUGAUUCUUAUAGAAGACACGAGUAAAAGAUCAGAAAAGGAGGUAUAUGGACGAUGUGAUGGAAAUAUCAAAGUGAUUAUACCUAGCUCUGAUAAAUUUAGCAUUGGAGAUUAUGUUGCAGUAGAAAUUACAAGUGCUAGUUCUCAGGUUCUUAAAGGAUUUCCUUUAGAGAAAAUUUCUUUAACAGAUUUUUACAGGCAAUGCUGAGUUUGUACACGCUUUUUUAUUACCACGUUUUUAUUGAGUUGCUCUGUUGGUUGGUUGGUCACGAUCAAAUCUUGCAAUUGAUUUAUCUACCACUUCUACUGCUCCAAUCGAGCUCAAAUUUUUUAUACACACGUGUUCCCGGUGACAAUACAAUAUUUAUCUACUUUAAAACCACAAUAAUGUUUAAUUAUAGUACAAUUUAAGUAAAACUUUUUUAUAUGGAAAAAAAUCCAAUGUCAAUGAAAAAAAUUGAAAAGACAAAAAAACAAAUAACAUUUUUUUCUUGAAGUUAAGUCUGUUGUUAAGAAUAAAAACCAAGCGACCCAAAAAGGAGCAAAUAAAAAAACGUUAAAAAACACGUUUUUAUCAAAAAGAUUAAAAAC